AUGGGAAAAUUCCAAGAAACCUGCCAUCUACCGGUCGUAGCCGGAAAAUGCCAAGCGUAUUUCCACAGGUUUUACUUUAACAGUUCAACUCAAUCGUGUAAAGAGUUUAUUUAUGGAGGUUGUGGAGGAAACAGCAAUAAUUUUAAAACUAAAACCGAAUGCGAAAUGACUUGUAAAUCAGUAUGCCAGCGGCCAUUGAUUGCAGGUGAUUGUGACCAGGAAAUACCAAGUUAUGGCUGGAACAUGGAAAGUGGCAACUGUGAAUAUUUUAUUUAUUCUGGAUGUGGUGGAAAUGGAAAUAAAUUCCAGUCACAAAGGGAUUGCUUGGAGAUGUGUGGACCCCCGAGAGCAUGUCAACAGGACCCGAGUGAAGGAACUUGUGGUGAAAAUCUGCCAAGGUUUUUCUACAACCAAACAGCCAAAGCGUGUGAAGAGUUUCAGUACAGUGGUUGUGAGGCAAAUGACAAUAAUUUCAGGACACUCUGGGAUUGCGAAGAGAGAUGUUUAGCUGCACAUUCAAUUUGUCAUUUGGAACCGGAAAAGGGAAUAUGUGAUGGAAAGGUACCAAGAUUUUAUUACGAUCCCAGUAAAAAGAAGUGUUUGAAGUUUUUCUACGGCGGUUGUGAAGGAAAUGAAAAUAAUUUUAAAGAACUGCAGGAUUGUGAGGAAGAGUGCGGCGGUAAAUAAAACGCUGUGAAUUAGAACUGGGUGGUUCAUGAACAUGAUUAAUGUUUUUAAUAAACAGUGAACAUGUUUAAUGUUUUCAUACACCCACAAUUACAUGUGGACGUUAAGUUAUCGUCGCCCCUGUCCGUCCGGCGUCCGUACGUCCACAAUUUGUUUGUGGACUCUCUACAGGUCACAAUUCUUAUCCGAUUUUGACGAAACUUGAAAUAUAGGUUUAUAUCCAAACGAUAUUAUCAUGUAUCGGAUCGAAACUUGAUGGAUUGUGGCCCCUGAUUCUACGAAAAAUCACUUUUUUAGCUUGUGGACACUCUAGAGGUCACAAUUUUCAUCUGAUUUUUGAUGAAACUUGAAAUGCUUGUUUAUAACCCAAGGAACUUAGUUCCUUUCAAUAUUUGUGAAUAUCGGAUUGUAACUUCCUGAAUUAUGGCUCCUGAUUGUACGAAAAAUUACUUUUUAGCUUGUGGUCCCUCUAGAGGUCAAAAUUACUAUCAGAUUUAAUAACCGUUCGAAUAUCUCCGUUAUGACGGUUGAGUUCGAAUUUCGUGAAAAUCGUACCAAAACUGCUGGAUAAAAUGUCCGCCCCCCGUACGCAAAUAAUGUAAAAUAUGGUAUAUCAAGGUUGUGGACCUUCUAGAGGACACAAUUUUUAUCCAAUUUUGAUGAAAUUUGAAAUACAUGUUUAUAACCCAAAGAUCUUGAUUUCUUUCGAUAUUCACGCAUAUCAGAACGUAAUUCAAUUUUUAAAAAUACCACCGUUACACAUCAAUGAGUUCGAAUUUCGUAAACAUCUUACCCAAACUGCAGGACAAAAUAGCCACUCCUUGUACGCAAAUAGUGUUAAAGUAUGUAACAUCAAGGCUCUGGACACUCUAGAAGUCACAAUUUUAUCUGAUUUUGAUGAAACUUGAAAUGUGUGAUUAUAAUCCAAAGAUCUUGGUUCCUUUCGAUAUUUGCGCAUAUCGGACCGUAGAUUCCUGGCCCCUGAUUGUACGAAAAAUCACGUAUUUAGCUUUUUAUCUGAUUUUAAAAAGCGUUUAAAUAUAUCACCGUUACACCCUUAUAACGGUUGGGUUCGAAUUUUGUGAAAAUCGAACCGAAACUGCCUGACAAAAUGGCCGCUUUUUGUACACAAAUAGUGUAAAAGUAUGUCCAUUUCGAUAUUCGCGCAUUUCAGACCAUAACUUCCUGGAUUAUGGCCCCCGAUUGUAAGAAAAAUCGCUUUCUUUUAUCUUGUUUUCUAUCCAUUUCUUGAAAAAUGUGGGCGUAUCUUGCCUGGCAACUACUGGUUAAUAAACAAUCUGCAUGAUACUUUUA